AUGACGGUACCGGAUUCUACGUUUUCUUCAAAUCUUCAACACAAGCUGCUUACUGUUUACACAGAUUCUGCACCAAAUUCCUUAUCAGAUUUGAAUUGGCAUAAUUUACCAAAUGCUGUUGUUGAUUUCGAACAUGAAGGCGCAAGUAAUUGGACUUCUAGUUCUGAAACUGUUGGCAAUUCAUUUGCUACCUUUGAAGUUUCCGAGACUGAAACUUGCGCAAGCAACUUAUCUGAUGAUUUUCAUAUGCUUCCAGAAUAUGCGUUACAGAAUGAAGUUUACAUACCAAUAAGCUUUCCCAAUUCAUCUACUUCUUACACAAACCAAAGUAAUAUCAAUGGCUAUGGAGAUUGUGUACCACAAACUUUGAUGUGGCCAUCUGAGGAGGCUAUACACGCUUCAGGUAGCAUUAUGCCCGAAGUAUUUAACGAAUCAAACUUCCUACAGAAUCUUCAUAUAGAUUUUGAAGAAGGUAACACCUUCGAAAAGGAUGCAUAUAUUCCCGUUCCAGCUUGUUCGGAUGUCCCUAAGACUCCGCAGCUUGCCUAUAGACCGGAGCACGGAAAUUCUACGAUAUCUAAUGUACAGCCUUCAUUUGAUUAUCCACAAGAAGUACUUGUAGAGAGUGUGGCUCAGAGUUUUGCAUCGCAACUAGAAGUAAAUCCAGAUUCAACACGUACAAAUGAUUGUAAUGGUGAACCCAAGAAUGGCAUGUUGACCUGGCACAAUUCGUCCACUGAAAACUAUCCAGAUUUUUAUGUGGACUCGUCUGUAUGUAUUCAUACUGUACAAGCCUAUGAUGCUAAUGGACAAAAUUAUACUGGUGGAUACAGCGUUUGUCCGGCUCGGAUAGAUUCUUAUGAAAUAGUUGGUCAGACUACUGAGUGUUUAAACUACGAUUUUGUUCCAAUAAAUCCUCAUGGUUAUAGUUGCUACGAUCCUUCUGAAGCAACUUAUUACAAGUCCUUACCUGAAGGGUUAAGUAAUGCUGUAGUGUAUUCAGAAUGCCCACCCAUUUUAGAAAAUCAGAACCCUGAGUGUUAUGGAGAUGCUACUAUAUUCGUCUCGAACUUUCCGAACUCGCUAAUCACGCAAGAUAACACACAGGUUUCUGCCUAUUUAAUACCCGAAAAUGCCCAUGAUUCGUGUUUGAAGCAAGCUGAUGUUUACUCAGGCCCUGUCGUACAUGUUCCUUUUUCCACGGAUUAUGAAAUCAAAGAUGUGGGUGGUUUUCGUUGUACAGACUCUAUUCAGUGUACCCAAGCACUUGAUUUGCCUCUAGCAAGUAUUAUAACUGACGGAGAGCAGCAGUUACACACUGUUUCUGAUGUGUAUUCGCCAACUGUGGUAUACGCGUGUAAUAAUAAUACGGGUCAUGAAGCACUGCCUCAUAAUGCAGAGUAUCAAAAUGCUGAAAAUGUUUCCAAUAACUGCAUACCUGUGGAUACGCCUGUCAUUCAACCAAAAGAUAACAAAAUACCCGAAAAGAUAAAGUGGAAUUGUACCCAUUGUCCAUUAACUUUCCAGCGUCAAAGCCAUUUGGUAGAACACUUGCGUAUUCACACUGGUGAACGUCCCUUCCAAUGUGUACUCUGCGGACGUAAAUUCACUCAAGCUUCAAACCUUCGCCGUCAUCUUUCAAGUCACAAGGCUUGGCCUCCGGCGUCUUCAUGUACAGUUUCUCUCAUAUCCAAAACAUCUCACAAUUCAGAGGUGACUAACAAUCCGUCUGCACCACGCGCAUUACCUCAUAAAGUAUGGAUUUGUCGAUUUUGUGACCAGCGAUUCGAUUCAUAUCUGCAACUUCGUGUGCACAUGGUGCAUCAUAAAGAUAAACAGGUGUACUCGUGUGUAUUUCAUGGAUGCGAAGCCUCCUUUGCAUCACCGAAUAAUUUGUUAAAUCAUUUAGUAGAAAAACAUCAAUUCUACAAAGAAGACGGACUUUCAUGUGAAACUUGCGGUCAAAAAUACUCAGACUUUGGACAUCUUGUUCGACACUUGUUACCUCGACGCAAUGGAUCAAACUCUGGUUGUCCUACACUCUCUUUUCAUCCAAAACGUAAAAGGCGGAAAUUGAGACUAAUGCAAUAUACAACUGCUCAUGCACAAAAUGAAGAGCGAACCUCGAAACUACCAACUGAGUGUUCACGUAAUGUUAAUUUUAUGAACUCAAAAUUCAAUCUGUUGCCUUUGCAAGCUCUUAGAAGGAGUGACUCGAGCUUUGGAUACAAGUGUCCAUUUUGUAUCAUAAUUUGCCAAAGUCUUAAACACUUACGAGUCCAUUUGUCUCGAAAACAUUCUAGCCUGUUCAAUGUAACAACAGGCUCAAAGUCUUCAUUGUCAAAAAGCACAAGCGAUGAAGUCUGUAGUAGUAGUAGUCGGAUUUCUUUUUCUUCUUCAUCAACGUCAACAUCAUCGCAUAAUGCAGAUCAAUCCAAUUCUAAUUCAUCCCUGUCCAGUUCACGUGAAACAGCUUUAUUCCUGCUUCAGUUAGAAAAAUGUCUCCUAUCUAAACACGACCAACAAACAUCUAAUAAAAAUAGACCGUCAAAAGCUUUUGUCUGUAAAUUCUGUGGUAAACACUUUCAAAAACCGAAAUUUUUCAAUGAUCAUGAAUUGAUGUGUCAACAGUCAAUUGAAGAACGAGCCCGUCGAAAUCGUCUGAGAGCGAAUAAACGUGAAAAGUUUAUUGUUGCUACACAAGAAACAGUUGUUGUAAAUACUACUAAUAAUCCAUCCAAUACGGAAGCUUUAUCAUCAAAUAACGAGUUAAUCUCUUCCGAUCAGUCAGCCGCAUUAUCGGAUGCUUCUUUGCGACGUUCCACACGAAACAGGACAUUCCAGGCAUAUUGGAAACCGAAAUCAACUCGUCGAAAACCGAAAGUUCAAUUUGCAUCUAUUUAUUUUCACUUUUUCCGUUUAAAGGCGUCUAGUCUGAAUUCUCAGCUGCCACGUUUAAGCGUACAAGCAAGUUCAGCACUUCAAUUCGAUAUUUUACAUGAAUGUACACAGACUCGAGCACGACGCUGUCAGCUAUGGUUGCCACACUGUCCAAAUGGUCCAGUUGAAACACCAGUUUUUAUGCCAGUCGGUACUCAAGGUUCUAUGAAAGGCAUAACAGUGGAACAAUUGGAAAAACUUGACUGUCGCAUUUUACUUGGAAAUACAUACCACUUAGGUCAUCGGCCAGGACCAGAAAUUCUCAGGAAGGCUGGUGGACUGCAUAAAUUCAUGUCUUGGCCGCGUGCUAUCCUCACGGACUCAGGAGGUUUUCAAAUGGUGUCGUUAAAUAGCCUGUCCAAAGUCACUGAAGAUGGAGUUCUGUUUACCUCACCGCAUAAUGGGACUGAAAUGCUCCUGACUCCAGAGGAAUCGGUUGGAAAUCUUCAAAAUGCACUGGGCUCAGAUAUUGUCAUGCAGUUGGAUCAUGUUGUACACGUGUUAACUGAUAAGGAGACAAUGAAGGAGGCAAUGGAGAGAUCGAUACGUUGGUUAGACAGAUGUAUUGAUGCUCACCAAAAUCAACAAGAUAAGCAAAAUCUGUUUGCGAUCACUCAAGGUGGUUUGGAUCCAUCAAUGAGGGUUUACUGUAUCAAUGAAAUGUUGAAGCGUAAAGAUAAGAUAGCUGGAUACGCUAUUGGUGGUCUUAGUGGUGGUGAGGCAAAAGAUGAUUUCUGGCGUAUUGUCAAACUUUCCACGGAACACUUACCUCGAGAUCGUCCACGUUAUGUAAUGGGAGUGGGAUUCCCCGUCGACCUUGUUGUUUGUAUAGCACUGGGUUGUGAUAUGUUUGAUUGUGUUUAUCCCACGCGAACUGGUCGAUUCGGUAAUGCACUUGUACCCUGGGGCCAACUGAAUCUUCGCCAUGCUGUAUACGCUUCAGAUUUUCGUCCUAUCGAUGAAAAUUGUCCUUGUCCAACGUGUACACGUCCAUUAUCCCGAGCAUGGAUACACUCAGCAUUAUCAGGUCGCCAGGUCAAUGCAUCUUCUGUUGUCAGCUUGCAUAAUUUAGCUUAUAUGCUUGGCUUGAUGAAACAGUGCAGAGAAGCUAUAAGUGAAAACACUUUUCCACAAUUUGUUCGUUCAUUUUUUCAACGUCGGUGUUAUAUGGGUAAAGAAGAUCAAAAUCCAACUGAAUAUGAAGGUUGUCGUCCACCAUCAUGGGCAUGUGAUGCCCUUCAAAGUGUUGACAUAGAUAUAUCAGAUAUCGGGCAGAGUAUGAAUGGCUUUCAUAAUUCACUUAAUAAUAAUAAUAGUGAUAAUGAAGAAUUAAAAUCCAAACGAUCACGGAACAGUUCUGUAAAUUGUGAAGUAGAUUGACAGUGUUAUUUGUAAAUAUAAAUAUUUUUGUAUGAAUACUGAUUUCUUACUAUAAUGCGCUUUAACAAAUCGGUUUGUUUGUUUGUUUGAUGAAUGUUAAUGUUGUUAAGUUUUGAAGGGUUGGUUGGUUGGUUUCAUUGUGAAUUUAUGUAGUCAGGGAUCACCGGAUAUUUAUUUUUGAUCAUAGUUCAGGGAUUGUCCGACUACCAGUUAUGCAUAGUAUCAUUAGAAUACUCAG